GGGGCUGGCGGCGGGCAGUUGUAUCGGUUGUAUCGAGCAGCUCCCGAGGACGCGGCUCCGCAGCGCUGUCCCCGGCCCUGCGCUCGUCCUGGUGCCGCCGGUUCGCUGUGCCCGCGGUCCGGCCCGGCCCGGCGCUGAGCGGGGCGGUGGGCGCCGGAAUCUGUCCCAAUGGCCUCAGAAGCACAAAGUGAGGAUGCAGAACAUGCAGCUGAGCCUCCUGCAGCUCCUGUGCAGAGGGGUAGGACAUUCCAGUGGGGAGCUAUCCUUGCUGCAGUGAAAGACCAGCUUCCAUCCCUGGACUCCGACUCCUCCACAUCUGAUUGUGAGAGUGAUGAGGAGCUUUUCAUCUUCCAGCGGGACCUGCCAAACUUGAUUCCGGACCUGUCAGAAGAACUGAUGAUGUUUUCCCUGGAAGACUCCCAGGAGCAGCAAAUCCAAGAGACAGAAAGGCUUCCAUGGGAGAUCUGGAACGGAGACCUGGAAAGUUUUGACUUUCAGGAAAAAACAGAUGGUGCCCAAAUCAUUGCAGAAGAAGAUGUACAAAUGAUUAAAGAUGAGGCUCCUGAACCUGCCAGCGAGGCUGAAGAAAUGCCAAGCCAAAAGAGAGCUGUUCUUAAAGAGUCUCCCUCAGAUUCCACAGCUCACCUUGAGGAGAAAGAAAUGGGCAGGACACAGGCCAAGGAAAGAGGGAACUCCUGGCUUAACCCAGCAGUGUCUGUGGAAGAGCUGUACACUAAAAAGGAGAGAAAAAAGCUGAUAGAGACAAAGAUACUCUCCAAGGUCAUUGUGGAGCCAUCCUCAAAGCAGGUUGUCAAGCCUCCCUCCCAUGGCAUCAACAAUGGUCUAGGAAGACUUGCAAAGGAAGAAACCUCCUCAGCUGAGCACCUUGGAGAAGUGACCCAUUUGUCAUUGCAGAAUAUUGAGAAAUGGGAUGUAGACAAGAAUCUUGAGGAGCUGGAGCAGCAGGGAGAUAAAACUCGUGCAGGAGUUGCUUUCUUCCCAGCAGAUUAUGAGACCUUCAGGAGGAAGUCUGAAGACGAGCUCAUGGAAAUGCUGAGAGAGCUGUGUGCCAGGCAGUCCAGGGCAGUGUCCCCUCCCUGUGGGGACCUCUGCUCCCUCCAGGGACAGCAUGACAAUAAGGAUGUUGCCUUGCUGUCAGCCCCACCAAGUUCUCUGAGGAUGGGCAGGAUGAGUUCCCAGGGCCUGCCAAAACCUGCAACUGUGUACAUAGAUUUGAGAGAGUCUGAGCUGCAAAAGUCAGUGACAGUCCCUGAAGAGGAACAAAGUGCAAGCUCCUCCUCUGAAGAAGAAGAAGAGACUGUGACAAUUAAGGAUGAAGCAGAAAGAAGAAUGAGGAAUUGCUCAGGGAAGAGCCUGUUACUGCAACAACUCCGAGCAGCCCGUAAGGAGGCCUUGGAGCUUGUUCAUCAAGUGGCUGUUCCAGCUGAGAAACUGCAUCCAGAAAGGCUGGAAGACAGAGAUUCCUCUGAUAAAAGUCAAAACCAAUCUUGUAAAGUGAGGCAAGAGACAAAUGAGGUGAUUUCCAGGAAACUGAUGAGAUUGGAACCAGGCAAGGAAAGUCCUCCCUUUUCAAGCUGCGGGAGCAACAGAGCUGGCACAGAUAAAGAGAACAAAAUGGAACCUGAGAAGAUGCAAAAUGCAGAGAAUGCUCCAGAGUCUUCUCUAAUUACAGCAGAAUUGCCAAGGAGAGAAGGGAGUGGAAGAGAGCUCUCCCCGAAGGAAGAGGAGCUGAAGGAGAGGCAGAGGAGAUGCAGACUGCAGGAGCAGCUGCAGCAGUGGCAGCCCCAGCGCUCGGUGUGCGGGAGGCAGCCCAUGGCAGAGAACACCCCGCUCCUGUUCCACACGGAAGCCUCUUUUUUGCCAGCUAUUGACACGUUGCCUGGAUCCCACAGAGUGAAAAAGGAGGUGCUGCUGAUGACCAUUUGGCUGGCAAGCUGUGGCCAAGUGGCCACGGGUCAGUGUGAGGGGCAGGUGCCUGACCAGGUGCUGGCAGCAGCCAACAUCUUCCAGGCCCUCGUGACGUGGCUGCUGUCCCUGGUGCCUCCUGUGAAGAGGAAGGAUGGCCCCAGAGCUCCGUUUGAGGUGCUGGGGCUGCAGCAGGCCUGGAGAGAGGAAGGCUUGGCCCUCUACGCCUGCCUGGUGCCACCAGAGGAACCUUCAGCCCAGAGCUGCCCCGAGAUCCCGGAGUCAGGAACUGCAGAACAUCUUCAGGGGACAUUCGGGUUUUACCAGAGGAUUUCUGCAUUCCUGACCUCUACAUGGUUUCCAGAUGUUAUUUGGUGGAGAGAUGAACUGGCCAGUCACUUCCAAAACCAGCUGUGCCCACUUCUUCCUGGAAUUCCCUCUGUCCUGCUCAGUGACAUCACUGCUGUCAAUCCUGACCCUCAGGCAGUGCAGAAGGCGUUUGCAGUGCCAAAGGGAUUUUACUGGCAGACAGUUGAGAGUGAUGACAAACACUUCCCUGACAGCAGUGCCAUGGAGGCUUGCAGAGACACAGACACUGAGGUUGCCAUGGUGUUGCUGUUUGAGGCUCUCUUCCGAAGCCCCCUGGAGACCCAUCGCACUCUGCAGCUGCUGCUGCGCUCGGGGCUGGACGUGUGCGGCCUCCGCCUGCUCUACCCCGGGCAGGACCUGCUGCUCUCCAGCUCAGAAAAGCUGCCUUCCUCCUACACCUCAGAGCCUGGCAAGGUGCCCCCAGUGCUGGCAUUAGGUGUGAGAGGGCCCAAAGCCCACAGCAUCCUGCAGGACAUCACCCGAGGCUCUCCCAGGGCCCGGAGCCAAGGGGAGCCUGUCGUGUCCCUGCCCCAGCCCAGCCAGGUGCACAGGGAGCUGUGCCUCUGGUUUGGAGGGAGAGCUGCUGGAAUCCUGCCCCCACCUUCCAGCUCUCAGAGUCCUUCACCAGCUGGGGCAGGACCAGAUGAAGAAAAAGUUGACCUUCAGGGCUUGAUGGUGCCUCGACCUCCAGCCUUGCUUGUCUCAACUACCAAAGGGGACAUCAUUCUGCUGGUGUCACCUGUGGUACCUCCACGUGCCUAUGGGGCUGUGCUUUCGACCUGUGCCCGCCGGGGCUUUGUGCUGCAAGGACUGCGGCAGCUGCAGCUCUCAGCACAGCAGGGCUCUGUGCUGGGCAUGACAGCAGGGCAGAUCGCUGUCUUUUGCCCUGGCAAGGGCUCCAGCUCAGCUGCUGGUGCUGCAGAAGCCCCUGCUGGAGGCCGCAGGCACUGCCUGGUGCUGCUGCUGAGGAAGGAGAACGCCAGACAUCACAUCCCUGCCCUGCUGACAGGGCUGAUGGAGGAGCUGGCAGAGCCGGGCCGUGGCAGCGGGCGCAGCGUCCCCCCUGCAGCUGCCGGAGCGGAGCCGUCCCUGUGCUUCCACGGGGCUCCCUACGCCGAGGCCGCGCUGCACAGCCUGGGAGGAAACCUCAGCGCAGUGCCAGAGCCCCAGCACAUCCCUCUGGAUUUUCUGUGGCACCGAGCUUACGCUGCCGAGCCCGGGAUGCUGCAGGUGGUGAUGCUGACAGUGGUGGGGAUGCAGGCUCUGAGCAGUGCUGGAGAGCUCCUCCAGCAGAUCCUGCCCGGCCCCGGGGAUCAGAGUGCAGCAGAGCCUGAUUCAGGAUUUGAGCUCCUAGGCCUGAAGUGGCUGCCCCAUCUCAGCCGGUGCCAGGCCAGGGAAAUAACCCCUUUUGAGGCUGGAGACACUCACUGGCAGAGCAGCCUGCACACGCUGAUGUCCAGCCCUGUCCUGGUGUGCGCGCUCCGUGGCAUCGACGCCUUCCGAGCCCUGGGAGCUGCCCUGAAGGGAUGGGCACAGGGCAGGGACAGGCUGGGCACGGGGGACAGCCUCCCACAGGCACUCAUGGCCUUGACCCCAGAGGUGACCUUCAGACAAGCCAUGCUCUUCUUCACAGAGGCAGAUUUGGUAACUGAACACCACCCUGCUGUGAAAUACCUGCCACCACCCGGCAGGAGCUCCUGGACUGAAGGGAAGACCACAGUGGGUGAGAGCUGGAGGUGCCAAGCAGAAUCCCUGUUUUCCUACCUGCAAGCAGGGGCACAGGUUCUGUGCACCGUGCUGCUCAUCAAACCCGGCCUCUGGAGCCGCAGCCUGCCCGGGAUCCUCCGCAAUCUGCACCUGCAAAAAUUCUGCGUGGUGGGAAUGAAGCACCUGGAGCUGGGAGCGGCCGCGGCCUCCGCGCUCCUGCCCCGCGAGGUGCAGCAGGAUCCAGCUGCUGUAGAAGCUCACUGUACCUACCUUACCUCGGGCAGUGCCCUGGUGCUGUGCCUGCAGAGGCCCAAUGCUGUGAAGAAGCUGAUGGAUCUGCUGGGACCAGAGGAUCCUCAGCUGGCCCAAGCACUGGAUCCACGCCUCUGGAGGGCUCAGUAUGGCACCAGCACAGUCCAGAAUGGAUUUUAUGGCUCCAGAUCCUAUCCAAUGGCUGUCCGGGAUGUGAAGCUGUUUUUCCCAGAAGGGCUGUGCUGUGCCCAGUGUCAGACAGUGCAGGAGCAAGAGAUCCAAAACCUGAACCGUGACCCCAUCCUCAGCCUGGGAAUCAGGACACUGCGCAAGAUUCUAACCCGUGACCCGGGCAGACAUCCCAGUGUCCCGGGCUCUGAGCAGCCAGGCAGUCCUGGUCAGGCAUUGCUGGAGAAGCUCUGCCAAACCACCUGCCUGGUGCUGCCCGGGAUAAUCCUGCGGGGUUCGGAGCCGCCCCCGUAUGUGGAGCUGCUGGAGGAGCUCGUGGGCAGUGGCUUUGUGGUGACCGGAGCUCGCCUGGCCGUGCUGGACUCACCUCAGGCUCUCUGCAUCUCCCAGAUGCUCAGCAGGGCCAAGGGCAGUGUUGCAGCCAAGUGUUCCCUGCUGAAGGAUGGGCUGUGCCUGGUGCUGGCAGCACAGCGGGACAGCGCUGUCACCUCCCUGCACUCCCUGCUGCACAGUGCCUGCUGGCAGAACCAGUUGGUCCAGGACGCUGCAGAACAUCUCCUGUAUCCCCAAAAUGAGAAACAGGCCCAGGAGCUGCUCUGCUGCCUUUUUGACUCGCUGACAUCAGAGAGCAUCUACCGAAUUGAAUGUGAGCAUUCCUAGCAGAGAUGGGCACUGUGGAGAUGGACACACAGGCACAGCCAGCUCUAAGAGCACUGUUUGUUUGGAAUUAAAACAGAGUCACAAGUGUGGCAUUAGCAUAGCUCAGAGAAAUGAAUGUGGUGGAGGAAGGCUCAGCUCCCCAAAACAAACCUCUCUGAACUGUGGCCGUGCUUCCCAGUGGAGUCCAUCCAGAGACAAUCUGCUUGUGUCCAUGGAGCAAGGCUUGGAGCACUCCUCUGGCUGGGAAAACCUCGCGGAGCAAACACAGGGCCAGGUGCUCACUGCUGUCUCUCAGGUGCCUGGGGGCUCCAUCUCCCCCAGGCCUCACAGACUUCAUGAAAAGACUCCUCUUGCUGCUGCUCCUGUGUUCUUUGAACCAAAGACAAUCCCACAGCAAGUGAAAUGGAAAUAGGCAGAGGGAAAGCUGGAUCCCUGGAGGUUCAGUACGCCAGGCUGAGCUGUUCAAUAGAUUAAAAGCUGGACAGCUCAAUGUUCACCUGCCUCAGCUCCAGCACCCUGGCAUGGGCUGUGCCAGCCCCAUCCUGCUCCCUCCACGGGCACACGGCCCUGCCUCCUCUUCCUCCUCCUCCAGCAGCUGCUGAUCUAUGAUCCUUUCUAGGAGCCUGGAGGAAUGGAGGCUGGUGUUAGUACAAAGGCCCUCAGCCUUCCUGGGACCCACUGGGGUCUUUUUCCUUUAGGAAAGGCUCUUCUCAGCCCAGGAGGCCUCCUGUUCCCACCUGCCCUGCUGAGGCAAAGACUGAGACUUAGACUCCGCCCUGGUGCAGCCUCACCUCGGCUCUGGGGCAGUUGUGGGUGCCACAAUAUCAGAAGGAUCUGAAGCUGUUGGGAGUGUCCAAAGGAGGGACACGGGCAUGGGGAAGGGUCUGAGGAGCAGCUGAGGGUGCUUGGAUUGUUCAGCUGGAGAAGAGACUGAGGGCAGAGCUCAGCAGGGGCUGCAGCUCUGAUCUGUGGGACAGGGAAUGGCAGGAGUUGGGCCAAGGCAGGGUCAGGCUGGAUAUCAGGGAAAGGCUCAUUCCCCAGAGGUGCUGGCACUGCCCAGGCUCCCCAGGGAAUGGGCACAGCCCCGAGGCUGCCAGAGCUCCAGGAGUGUUUGGACAGCGCUGCCAGGGAUGCUCAGAGUGGGAUUGUUGGGGGGAUCUGUGCAGGGACAGGGGUUGGAUCCAGGAUCCUUUUGGGUGCCUUCCAACUCAGGACAUUGUGUCAUUCUGUGCAUGCUUCUAGCUCCAGCCAUGGCAGUAGUGGCAGGGACAGUCCCUGUGAGUGUCCCAGAGGUGAGGACAGAGCAGUGUGGCCAGCCCAGCUCUGGGUGCUGUGGGCACGUGAGCCCCUUCUUUGCACAGUCUUUCCCUCCAGAAGAGCCUGGGGUGAGCCCUCCUCCUUCCCAGCUCACACAAACUGUGAGAACGUGACACCUGUGAGCUCUGUCCCUUUGCAGAUGAGAUGAAAGUGCCCAGUGAGUCCCAGAGCUGUGAGAGGUCUGGCUCUGCAAGCUCUGCAUCCCCAGCAGGGACCAGUCCUAACACAGCCCCUGCCCUUCUCUAAACCUGGAAACAGCCUGAAGAGAUUGUCAUAGCCAGCUGAGUGUGACAGUGACCUGGCCUGACCUCACACAGCAUUUCAGUGUCAGAGUCACAGAAACCCAGACUGCUUUGUGUUGGAAGAAACCUUAAAGCUCACCCAGUGCCACCCCUGCCAUGGGCAGGGACACCUCCCACUAUCCACCUCCCAUACCCUGUCCAGCCUUGGAAGUUUUUCCCAGCCUCUGCUCCCAGCACUGUUCUGCCUACAUGGGCUCUUUGGGCUUUGUGGUAGGCCCAGCUAUCUCCAGGAAGGAGCUGGAGAGGGAAGCAGGCAGCUGCCCUGCUCCCUGGGGAGGACGAGGACCUUGGAGUCAGCGUGCUGGAGGAGCCUGCUCUGCUCCUGCAGCUAAGUAGGCCAUUUCCUGCACUCCAGGCGCAUUUCUGUCAUGCUUGUAAGCCCUGUACAGCUUUGAAACAAAUGAAAAUUAAAAGGAUCCACCCCCAGCACUGGGGGAAUUUGAUCUGGAAAAGGAAUGGAAUAAAGACAGCAGCUGAGGAAGCAGCCCUGUGGAGCUGCACGUGAGGAGAGGGGACACGGGGCCAGCAGCAGCCCUGACCCUGCUAGCCUGGUGACACAAGGGUCACAGAGCCCUGUCCCUCCCACCUGGGCCCUCAGGGCUGAGGGACUGAGGUCACAGGGAGCUGGACACCGUGAGGGGAUGCUCUGCUGAGUGCCAGCAGUCAGCCUGGGGAGGGGACGUCCCAGUGGGACACCCCCAGCCCAUCCGGGCUUGGCAGGAGCACUCCCACUCUUUGAUUUUAUUAAUUCUAUGAAUUAAUGAAUUGGUUGAGACCAAUUAGUUCAUACAAUUAAUUAAUAAACCCAGAGAAUUAUGAAUGGUUUGGGUGUGAAAGGACCUUGAAGCCCAUCCCAUCCCCUGCCAUGGGCAGGGACACCUUCCACUACCCCAAGCUGCUCCAAGCCCCGUCCAGCCUGGCCUUGGACACUGCCAGGGAUCCAGGGACAGCCACAGCUGCUCUGGGCACCCUGUGCCAGGGCCUGCCCACCCUCUAAGUAAAGAUUAAUUCACUGUGUAACAAACCAGGGCCUGGCACAAAACACAUCCCAUUUCCCAUCCCCUCCCACACUUCCCUGCUGAGGUUUGAGCUCUGUGAGCCUCCAUGCACCAGCAAGCAAAGCCCCGUGCCUCAGUUUCCCACCGAGGAAAUGGAGGUGACAGCUCUGCCACAUCCCCCAGGCACAGCAGCAACCUCCCAAAAAUGGGGCAGCACCCAGAUACCUCUGAGCAAGGAUCUGCUGCUGUGCCUUGGAUUCCUAUUUUAAAGCCCAGCUAAUUAAUCUCAGCGUAACAAACUCGCACACCCUGCGCAGAGCAGGGGAAAGCAUCAUCCUCUGGUAUUUCCAAAAUGCCAGCAUUCCAGAAAUAACCCUGCCAGCCUUUUCUCCUAGAGAAUACCCCACUUGUCUCUGGAGAAGUGACAACGAGGAACACCACGACCCACCGGGAAUCAAUCCCAUCAUCAUCUGGCCGUCAGCUCCGGCUCCAUCAAUGGGAGCUGCAGCUCUUGCUCCGUUUUUCCCUGGAAACUGCCACAAGGCAGGCAGGAUUAGCUAAUCAGAGCUGAGGAGCAAAUUAAUGAUUGAAAGAACCAGGAGAAAGGCAGAUUUGAUCCGAGAUUGCCAGCUUUGCAGCUGGCUCCUACUUGCAAACAAUUCAUUUAGAUUAUGAAAGCAAGAAAUUGAGUACAAAACCCCCUAGAUUGUUUGCUUCCUGGAGAAAGAAAAGAAAAGAAAUGGAAUUUAGAUUAAAAAUUAUGCAGAAUAGUAUUAAAUCCCCACCCUCUUGUGCCUCCCCUCUUGCUGGAAAACCAGAGCUAAUCAGAAUUUUACAUUGUUCUGCUGCCAGUGUCAGAGCUGCCUCAAUGGAGGAGAGAUAAAAUACAAAAGGUGGCAUUUGCUGUUAACUCCUUAGGCUCCUGCCAUGGCAAAAAUGGGAACGCAGUGCCUGGUGCCAAAAUCCCCUUUUCCCAGCCUGAUCAGCUCCCUAUAGGGGCAGGUGCUGGGGGCAGAGCAGCUCCCCACGCCCUGCACAGCUCCUGCUGUGCCCUGGUGUGGGCACGUUGUGUUUAUUCACACACCUGGGAGUUCUCAGGUGAGCCCCGUGUCCCUCCCUGGGAAGGACUGGUGUCCCCAGGGGUGUGCAGGUGCUGGAUGCUCUUCCCUAUCGAGGGCAGAGCCUCACUCCCGCUGUAGCUUUGUAGCUCCUGUGCCAAGGCAGAUUUAACUAAUUACCACCCUGGUAAUUCCUGCCUGGCUGUCCCCAGCAGCAGUGGGACACUGAGACCCCGAGGGGGAUCCGAGGGGACCAUGUCACUGCUGUUAGCAGCCUGAGCAGGGCAGGGCAGGGCUGAGCUGCAGGGAGCUGCAGGAGCAGCUCAUCCCCACCGGGCACAGCCUGGCCAGACUGUGCCAGGUGGGGUGCCCAGGUGCCCUUCCCUGGGUGGCUGUGCCAGGGUCAGCACCCAGCCACUGCUGGGGGAGCUGGGCCAGCUCUGCUGAGCCUCUGCAGCCACCAGUGCACCACAUGGGCUGCUCAGCCCUUUCAGCCUGGACAAACUGGCUAUUUCACCCCAAAAAUGUUUCUGCUUCAGCCCUGUGCACACGAGCCCUGCUGAGCCCUGGGAAUGUCCCAUGUCACCACUCAGAGCCACCAGCCUGGGAAUUACUGCACAGCCAGCAGGAUUUGCUGCUCUCCCAGCAAGCUCAAAAUUGGGCACUUGGGUUCCAUCUCCUGAGGUCCAUGGCUGGCUCAGGAAGCAGGAGCAGCUGAAGGACCUGCUGGAGCUGUCCUUGGAUCAUCCAUGCUCACCAAACGUGAUAAUCUUGUGCCACGCACCUCCCAUGCCCACACAGAUCUGCCUUCCUCUGGCUAACAGAGCCAAAAGCACCUCUCAUGGCCAAGAGCCACUGCUGAUCUCCAGGGAGAGCUCAGAGCCCCUGCCAGGGCCUAAAGGGGCUCCAAGAGAGCUGGAGAGGGACUGGGGACAAGGGAUGGAGGGACAGGACACAGGGAAUGGCUUCCCACUGCCAGAGGGCAGGGAUGGAUGGGAGAUUGGGAAGGAAUUGUUCCCUGGGUGGGUGGGCAGGCCCUGGCACAGGGUGCCCAGAGCAGCUGUGGCUGCCCCUGGAUCCCUGGCAGUGUCCAAGGCCAGGCUGGACAGGGCUUGGAGCAGCCUGGGAUGGUGGAAGGUGUCCCUGUCCUGGCAGGGGAUUUGGGUGAUAUUUAAGGUUCCUUCAGACCCAACCCAGCUCUCAUCCCAUGACUGUGGUAGGACAGGGGAGGUGGUUGGUCCUUGCCUGCCUCUUCCUGGGGUGGGAUCAGGACCUGGGCUGCAGUCCCAGUUCUGUCCCAUGGGGCAGGCAGUGGCCCUUCCCCAACCCUUUAUCUCCCCCUUCCCAGGGCACCAUGUCCAGGCCUGUGGCAGCAGGAGCCGGUGAUUAAUUGCUCCUUGGCAAUCGCCCCUGGCAGGGCCGGAGGAGCACAAAGGGCGCUUUGUGUGCAGGCUGAUAAACGGGCCGGGAUGAGUCACCCGCGGGUAAUUAAACCAGGGAGCAGCGGUGCUCAGCCAGGAAUGCGGCACAGGAGGAACUGGAGCCUCCAACUGGGUCACGCAGGAGACCGGGGCUGGCAGUGCCUUGUCCGGGCCCACCUGGCCCUGGCACGGCCACGGCCCAGAGCAACACCACAGCCCGUCCCCAGGAGUGACCAGUUUGAUCCAGUAAACCAAGGCAGAAGCUCUGCCAGGACAGUUUCACACAGUGUGGGGUAAACUGGGGCUGCUGGGCCUACAAAAACUCCUGGGGAACUGAGGGGCUGUAAGGUCCAUCUCCCUCCCUCCCUCCCUCCAUGCAUCCACAGCUGGAUGUGGGGAUAUUUGAGCCCCAGCUGGGGCUCUGCUGAGCUCCUGGCCCUGUCCUGGGGCUGUGCUUGGCUGCUGUGCCAGGUGGGCCCCUGCAGUCUCCUCCUUGCACACCUGUGGGAUGCUGGCCAUUUUCUGGCCAUCAGGAGCCUCCUGACAUCUUUGUGCACUUUCAGAGAUGAUUUUGAAGAUGAAAAUUUGUGUCCAGCAAGAUCACCAAGAUGCUGCAGCUGCUCAGAUCCCCAGGUGGCUCCAGUUUGUUUGUGACUGGUUUGCCCAAGACAGUGGUGAGGGGCCUGGAGCCUCUCCUGUGAGGAAAGGCUGAGGGAGCUGGGGCUGUUCAGCCCUGGGUGUCCCUGUGUGCAGGGAGGGGCAGAGCAGGGGGACCAAGCAGUGGUCAGGAGCUGAUCCCUGCAGUUCUGUUUGGACAUGGAAUCACUGGGGAUGGAAAAGACCUCCGAGAUCAGUGAGGCCAACCUCUGACAUUCCCACUAAAUCAUCAACAUGAGGAAGAACUCACUCCCCUACAGUGACUGAGCACUGGCCCAGGCUGCCCAGAGAGGCUGGGUCUCCUUCCUGGAGAUGCUCCAGAGCCAUCUGGACACCACCCUGAGCAACAUCCUCAGGGCCUGCUGGAGCAGUGUGGGAUCAGAUGAGCUCCAGUGGUCUCUUCCUCGCUGAGCUAUUCUGGAUUCUGUGAUCUGGAUGCUGUGAUGGACCGGCUGACACCUGAGAGACUUGGAGUGACAGAGGGAAGCAGGGAGUAGGGUGAGCUGGAAUGUCCCUGCUCCUCUGCCUCAGCUGGCCACUGUUCCUCAGCUGGCAGCCACUGCUUGGACACUGGAGAGUGCUUUUGGCCUGUGCCUGGCAGGAUCUCGUGGGGCUCUGGAGCCUGUGACACCCACCAGCUGCAAUCCCACAUCUGAGGGGUGACUCUGGCUCUGGGGCUCCUUUCCAGAGCUCUGGCAGAAGACCCUGAGCUGGUGGUGGCUGAUUCCCUCUCACAGCAGCUGGCCAGUGAGGGCUGUGGAGCAGCAGGAGCAGGGGCUCCCAGGAGUGGUGGGAAAGCUGGGUGGUGACUCGGAGCUGGAUGCCUCGUCCUGCAGGGAGGUCACUCUGAGACAAACGGGACUGCUGGGCUGGCCCCCAGGCCUGGCCUUCCCCAGGAUCCAGCCUCCCUGGGAAGCCUGGAAGCCACGAUGGUGUUCAGCUCCUGACAGAGAGUCCUGGGCUGCUUCAACCCUGCUACCAGCCCAAGUGCCCUGGGGUCCUGCAGAGCUGCUCCUUCCCUCACAGGGGGAUAUCCAAACACAUGGAGGUGAUUGAGGUGCUAUGGAACAAACUAAAGACCCCUGAGAACUCCUGACCACUGAACCACCACAGUCCAUCCAUCCUGAGCUGCUGAGCUCCCACACAGCCACAGCCAGAGUCAAUGUCCAGCCCGGAGCCACAGCCAGCACAGCUCCAAAUAUUGGAGUCCCCCUGGCCCUGAAGCCAAGCCAGUUGUCUGGGCAGCCUGGAGGGCAGCCAGCCAGCCCUGGCACUCACCAGUUAUCCUGGCCAGCCUUGUGGGGCAGGCAUGACCCAGGAGCUCUGCAGAGCCAGCCAUGCUCAGAGGGGACUUUGGAACUGCACCUUGGUCCUUGGGAAAGGCUCCUGGCACUGCUCCUCAAACCAGACCUGUCCCUUGAGUGGCUGCAGAGGUGCCACAAACUGGAGCGAGGCCAGCAGAGGCUGAGGGAGCUGGACCUUCCUCUGGCUGGAGGUGAUGGAGGGAAUCUAAAUCCCUGUCUAGAAUUAUCAGAUCUGGGAGCAGCUUUAGCCAGGGAGGUGCUGAUGGGCUCCUGUCCAGGAAGGUGGGGCAGGGACCCCAGGAAAGGGACCCCAGGUCGGCUGCAGGGUUUGCCCACUCCAGAUGGUCCCAGUUACCACCCCCUACUUUGUGACUGGGGAUAGCUCCACUCCGGGGCACAUCUGGCCUUCCCUGAGAAACUGGCCUUGCUUCAUUGUGGCUCCAGCCCUGGGGCACUCAGGUGUCCCAAAUUCCUCUGCCUGCCUUCGUGCCAGGGCUGAAUGGGGGAAACGCUUGUAAAUCCCCGUGUCCUGAAGCAGUGGGAGGGGUGAGGUCGUGCCCUAAGCUCACCUGCAGCCUUUCCCCUAAAAUUCCCUUCCCCUGCGGUGUCUUCAGGUCUAAAAGGUGAUUAACAGCCCCUUUCAGCACGUUCCAGCCGUGUUCUGGAUGCCUUUAAGCUCCCGGGGUGUUACACGUGGCUUACAAGUUGGGCUCCAUUAGCGCUCGAUUCGCUGUUUAUUAAAACCUCGAUUAAUCUUGUAUUAAUGCUCUUCAAAUGCGACUUCUGUGGAGGUGCAGCAGCCUCUGAGACAGGAGCUAAGCUUCUCCCCAGCCCUGUGCCACUGCUGUCAGCUAGGAAUUAGCUCGGGAUCUCUCCAGACUCAGAGCU